ACUUAUUCUACCCGCAAGUCUACUCAGCUACCAGCCAGGGCCACAGCUGCUUAUACGCCCAGCUCCGCGAAUAGAGUCAUCCGCUACCGACUACAUCCCGUAACAACACUCUUGCAACCCGCUAUACAUUGCUACGUACCGCCAUCAAUCGAUAUCGGCCGUUUCAGCCCACUUAACUACAAUUCACAACACCACAGCGCUGGACCAGCCUCUCUCAUUAAGCUAAAUCCUCCUUAACCGACUAAUCGUUUACUCUGCUAUCUACUAUGGCGUCUUCCUCAACGUUACUGAACGACGACUGGAAACAGGGUCUUGCUGCCCCUCCUAAAGACCUUCGUCCCCAAACUGAGGACGUUACCGCUACUCAAGGAUCUCGUUUCGAAGAUUUUGGCUUACGCCGAGAACUUUUGAUGGGUAUCUACACUGCUGGGUUCGAAAGACCUAGUCCUAUCCAAGAGCAAGCUAUCCCUAUGGCCCUUACAGGACGAGAUAUUCUUGCUCGAGCGAAGAACGGUACUGGAAAGACUGCUUCUUUCAUUAUUCCUACCCUUAACCGAAUCAACACUUCUCUAUCUCAUAUUCAAGCACUUAUCCUAGUUCCCACCCGAGAACUCGCCCUUCAAACAUCCCAAGUCUGCAAAACCCUUGGUGCUCACAUCCCUAACCUCCAAGUUAUGAUUACCACCGGCGGUACCACAUUACGUGACGAUAUCCUUCGUCUUCAACAACCUGUCCACAUUCUCGUCGGUACACCCGGUCGUAUCUUAGAUUUGGGAAGCAAGGGAAUUGCGAGUUUGAACAAGUGCGGUGUCUUUGUUAUGGAUGAAGCAGACAAGCUUCUCAGUGAAGAUUUCAUGCCUGUCAUUGAGCAGACUUUGGCUCUGUGCCCUCAAGAGAGACAGGUUAUGCUGUUCUCUGCUACUUUCCCAUGGACCGUCAAGGAAUUCAAGGACCAACACAUGGUUCAACCAUACGAAAUCAACCUCAUGGACGAACUUACUCUUAAAGGUGUCACUCAAUAUUAUGCCUAUGUUGAAGAAUCUCAGAAAGUCCAUUGCCUCAACACCCUCUUCUCUAAGCUCCAAAUCAACCAAUCUAUCAUCUUCUGCAACUCCACCAACCGUGUCGAGCUCCUCGCCAAGAAGGUCACUGAACUUGGCUAUUCCUGUUUCUACUCCCACGCAAAGAUGCAACAAGCCCACCGAAACCGAGUUUUCCACGACUUCCGUAACGGCAUGACUCGAAACUUGGUCUGUUCCGACUUGUUGACAAGAGGUAUUGAUAUCCAGGCCGUGAAUGUUGUCAUCAACUUUGACUUCCCAAGGACUGCAGAAUCAUAUCUUCACAGGAUCGGCCGAUCUGGUCGUUUUGGUCAUUUGGGUCUUGCCAUUUCUCUCCUCACUCUUGAAGAUAGACAUAACCUGUACCGUAUCGAAUCCGAACUUGGCACAGAAAUUGCCCCUAUCCCCGCCGUCAUCGAUCCUGUCCUCUAUGUCGCUCCUGCCAUGGUAGAGGAAGAGCGAGAAUCACCGCCCCCUAAGCCCGCUGCCAUCGCCGCUCCUCCCGCUCAGCAACAACCUCAACAACGACAACGACAACACCCUCCUGUGCCUUCCCACCAAGCUGCUCAGCAGAGCCCUGCUGCCGCGCCCGUCCAACAACAACAGCAGCAGCAACAACAACAACAACAACAACAACAACAACAACAACCUCAGUACCAACAGGCAUAUGGUCAGGGCCCACCCCAGCCUCAAGCCCUUUUCCAGCAGCAGCCCAAUUCUUCUCCCGCCCCGGCACCUUUGCCUUCUUAUUCUCAACAGGCUCCGACUCAGGCCCAGGGACCCGCGCCAGUGCAAUCUCCACCUCCCGCGCCUUCCACUCAGCCCCAGGCCCCUGCUCAAACCCCCAUUCAAGGCCAAAUCCCUCCGACUCAGCCCCGAGCUCAGCAACAAGGCCAGCAACAACCCGGUCAACCAGGUCAGGCGCAGGGUCAGAGUCAACCUAACAGACGGCCGAAUACUGGUGGCUUUAGGGGUAACGGACGAGGUCAAGGACAUAGAGGACGAGGUAGGGGGAGGGGAGGACAGCCCGGUCAGCCUGGUGCCGGUGCCGGUGCGGGCCAGAGCCAACAGGCUCAAGCCUAAGCGGCGUAAGGCAGGUGUAGUAUAAUAAAAGGAGGAGCGGGAGGGGUGCGACAUGAAAAAAAGGAAGUAAUGAUGGCAGAUGAAAGGGAAGCCGUCGCUAUUAAGAGGUAUAUACAUCAAGAAGAAGUAGAAGAUGAUAAGGGAAAUAGGGUGAAGGACGUGAUUGGAACCUAAGAAAUUCAACCUUCUUCAGUGGUAAAAGCAAGGCCACGCGGAAUAUCACACGGAUCGCCGCUGUUUUCUCAACAAAAUCAGCGGUAGCAGAAGUCGAAUGAUAGGAAAGAAAUUAAGAAAUGGGAAGUGGGAAGCGGUAUGGAGGAGAGGGAAUAGGGGAUGAAGCACGGGUGGAGGAAGUUUUUUUUUUCUUCCUUGAAUUCAUUGUAAGCAGCGUGGAAGCCCCUCAUCCAUAGGCGUGGACAUGCAUACCAUGAAUUGAGAAAUCGA